AUGAGGGAGAUCCUCCACAUCCAGGGAGCCCAGUGCGGUAACCAGAUUAGCGCCAAGUUCUGGGAGGUCGCCCGCGCCGAGCACGGCAUCGACGCCAUUGGUAGCUACGGCAGUGACUCCAACCUCCAACUCGAGCACCUCAACAUCUACUUCAACGAGGCCUCAUGCGGCCACUUCGUGCCCUACGUCGUCCUUAUGGACCUCGAGCUCGGCACCAUGGACUCUGUCUGCUACGGACCUUACGGCAACAUCUUCCGCCCCGACAACUUCGUCUUCGGUCAAUCGGGCGCCAGCAACAACUGGGCCAAGGGCCACUACACUGAGGGCGCUGAGCUCAUCGACUCCGUGUGCAAGAAGGCUGAGAAUGCGAUUAUCUCCAGGGUCAGCCCUUUCCUCUCCUACUACUUCUCUGCUCCUUCCAGAUCCACCUAGAUCUGCUACAUCUCUCCCACAGCCUCACGGAUCUGAAUGGAUCUGCUCACAGGCUUCCAGAUCUGUCUAGAUCUGCUACAUCUCUCCCUCUUAAUGCACCAGCUCAUCGAGAACGCCGCCGAGUGCAU